UUUCCAGAUCUAGCAACGCUGUCGCUGAGUGUCGUUCUUUUUUGUGCUGGUUUACUACGUAAAAGUGUUGCUCGCUCUGCGUUCGUGCGAUAAAUAAAUUAGUAUCAUUCCCAACCGGGCGUCCAGGCGGUCGAAACGAAGGAUUGACAUCCAAUUUCCUGGCUAACAACAAUAUCGAAACCAAGAGUUUGGUCCAAAGUGCGUGCGAGUGUGUUGGUGCGUUUCGCUUCGCGUGUGAGUGUGUGUGUGUGUGCGUGUGUGUCGUAGCAGCAGCGCCAGUGGAGGAAGAAGAAGCAGCAGCAACAGCAGCAGCAGCAGAAAAGGAGCAGCGGAAGAAGAAGAUUGUCCAGGCACAUUUGCCGGAACGGGAACGAACCCGUAACUUGGAAGGGACACAAGGCGAGAGAGCGCGUUAGUGGAGAGAGAAAUGCAACAACAACCGGAGUCCGGAGGCGAGGAGAGCUGGCUGGAGGAGCAGUGUCACCGAGAAAUCCACGGUCAGCACGAUGAAUACGAACGGGAGUUUGUGCGUCAGCGGGAUAACAAUCUGGGCACUGUUUGGGGAGCAUUCCAGGAUUCGGCCACCGCCGUUGCCCAGCUGUACAGAGAACGCUCAUCGAACACAUUUUCCUCGGAUACAGGCGCCCUUUGGCUGCCCUUCCAGACCGCAGCUGGCACUGUGACAACACUCUACAAAGAAUCAUGUGAUGGUCUCAAACGCACCAGCGACGCUGCCAUUCAAUGCGGCUACCAAAGACGCACUCGCGAAUUGGCCGAUUGGGCGCGUAGCAAAAAACGCCGCAUGAUACGUCGCGAGGAUCUGUUGGCCUAUUUGGCCGGAAAGCCACUACCGCCAUCCAACUCAAAUCCACAUGCCAAUCGUCGCUCACCGAAGCCGGAGCAUCACCACCAGAGCGGCAGUGGUGGCUCUGGCCUGGGAUUCCACGGCUCCGGACUGGGCCUGACCGGUGGUCCGCUCACAGCUGCCGGCGGUGGGCACUUGCUGUCCGCCGGAGCUGCCGGUGGCCGUCAGGAGGUAACGGGCGGUGCCCCCGGCGGCGGAAUCGGCGAUGACUUGCACACGUUCAAGGAGGCCUUGGUUUUGCGGCCCCGUGGCCCGGAACUAUUCGCAUUUGUCGCCAACGAAAUAGCGCGACAUUGCAAGCGUCCCGGGAGUCCCAUCGACGACAAAAUGGACAUUUGCCACUACAGUAGUAAACGCCAGCGCUUCAUGUAAUCCACAAGCAAUUGCAAUUGCGAUCCCAGCCCAAAGCCAAGCUCCCGGUCACUAAGACACCAUGUAACUCCACCUCGUCUAAUUGAAAAUGAAAAUGGAAAUAAAAAGGAAAAAUAUAAAGGCCACUGCGAGCGAAUCGAGUCGAAGGCUUGCGAGAACGAGAACAUAAGUAGUAACUUGAUGUUAAGAUUUUCAGUUUAAGAAUUGCCUACCGUAUUGUUUUUUUUUUAACAAAGCAACCCACUUUUAGCCACCCACUUUGUGCACAUACAUGCAGCAAAUGUACGUAAAACACACAAAAACCACACACAUGAAUAGGGUUAAGUUAUGUUUUAGUUGAUAGCACUUAAGCGAAAAGUCAUGUCGAUUGUAAUGACACCAGAAGGAAGAUGUUUAUGUUAUAAGGAUAAUGCCGAUGGUGGGCACAAACUGUUAAUCAUUGUCAUCAUGCAUUAAUGCGAACGGAGUGAAAAGCUUAGGAGUACGAUAUCUGUUAUAUGCCAGCUGUGCGUCUGAUUUACGAUUACGAUUAAGCGAAGCGGUAAUAGUGAAUGGUAUUGUAAAAUGUAUAACCCACAAUAUAUUAUACAUAUAUAUAUUUUUUUUUUUUUGCAUUAUGCAAACCACAAAUGAAGCUGUGUAAAUAACAACAAAAUAAGAGACACCCCCCAGAAAUCCGAAGCAGAAAUAUAAUGUUACAUAUUUAUAUAUAUACACUCUUUGUAUAUGCUACUUAAAGCCGCCUCUGCCGCCUCAUUUCAUCCAAUUUCCGAAACUUGCAGCUCAAAAUGCCACAAAUGUGGGUGUCCAACGAAAUCGAAAUUGUGCCCAUAACUCAUGGCGGUUGAGGGAGCUGAAAAGUCUAAUGCUCGGAUGUGGAAACUAAAACUAAAACUAUGAUGUGCAAUCCGUGGUGAUUGUGACUUCAAGCUAGCCAGGUUAUACCAGAUACCCCCCACAUCUAUUUAUACAUAUAUAGAUAGCUAUGUAUAUGAGUAGCAUACGAUGAUGUAACAUUGAUCCACGUAGUUCGGUGAGAGAAAUCCGGAGGCAGAGAAUUACUAAAGCUAAAUAUUGAAGAGGGAAGCAAGCCGGAUAAAUUAAUUGUGUAUCGGCGCGAAGUCAAGAGUCGGGAAUCGAAGUCCUAUGAAAAUAUUGCGUUGUAUUUGUAUGUACUAAACUAAACGAUUAUUUAAAAUCCGAAAUCCAUAAGAAUGUCGAAAAACAAUACCUUAAUGCAAAGAACAACCGGCGAGAGAUCCGAAAACAAAAUUGUAAGUUAAAUAAAAACGUAUGAAAAAAAAGAACAGAAAAAUGCAAAGCAAAUGUCGUUUUUAUUUAACAAGGGGCUAAUUUAAACAAAGAUUAUAAUUUAAACAAGGAUUAUAUUUAUCAGCGAACUGGAGAAUAUCCAUAUCCAUUUUACCCACGAAAUUAAAAUAGGUGUGGAAUUUUACAUUGAAAUUCAUUGCUAUUUUUAUUUCGUAUUUCAUUAAUAUUAAUUACAUUUCUUGUAUAUAUCUUGUGUGUGUAUAUAUAUAUAUAUAUAAUUUUAUUUCCAUGUAAUUUAUGUUUCGUUUGUUGAUUUUGUUGACUGCUCAAAGCUGGCGAAUAUGUUCGUUUCGAAGGUUAUCUAAAAUUAGUUACGAAAACUCAGCGAAAAUAUAUAUAUCCUGUUUGCAAUUCUGGCCGGUUACACUGAGAAAAUAUAUGUGGAAAAUAUCGUGUAAAUUUCAAAAAUAGAAACUGUCAGCAGCUUUUUAAUCAAAAAAUAAUUGGCUGUCGGUGAUUAAAUUCGCAAGUAAAAUAGAGUCAACUCUUGUGUGCUUUCUCGUUGAAAGUAAGCAAUAAAUUAGCCAAAAAUAACAA